GUCCGCUUGAGUGUUUGCUACAAGAUAACUUAACUCUUCAGUAGCCAUCACUUCUUUGAUACACACAUCGUGAACAGUAUCAGGUGUUCCAUUUUCCCUCAUACGGCUGUGAGAAUGGGAGAUUAUGAUGACAUUACUGCUUUCCUGGGGCAGAAGGGGCCUUACUUCUAUACCACCUUUUUUCUUCUCAAUGUAAUUUAUAUCUCCACUGGAUUCUUUGGGCUGUUCUUUGUAUUUGUUGGAGCUACUCCCCCGCACCACUGUUUUAUCCCAGAAUCAAGUAACCUGAGUGAGGUAUGGAGGAAAGCAAUUAUUCCCACUGAGGUGGUGAAUGGACACGAGGAAAAUAGCAAGUGUAGCAGAUACAGGCUGGACGUAGUCCGAAACCUGUCUGCUCUGGGAUACAUUCCUGGACUGGACAUCAACCUCACUCAGGUGGAUCAGGAGCGUUGUGUGGAUGGAUGGACCUACAGCGAUGACAUCUAUCAGUCUACCAUAGUCACUGAGUGGGAUCUUGUCUGUGACAAUGAGUGGAAAACUCCCUUUGCCUCCUCAACUCUCUUCAUUGGUUUCCUUAUCGGAUCAUUGGUGUCAGGCCAGCUUUCCGAUAGGUUUGGGAGGAAGAAGGUGCUCUUUGGCUCUCUUCUGGCGCAGAUGCUCUCUGUGUUCAUUCAGGCUUUCUCACCCUCAUGGGAGUUUUUCUGUGUAUUGUUCACAUUUGUUGGGGCCUCUCAGAUAUCCCUCUAUAUCACUGCAUUUGUACUGGGAACAGAGGUGUUAUGCAAGUCCAUGCGUGAAAUCUUCACCACUCUGGGGGCCUUUCUGCACUACUGCAUUGGUUACAUGAUAUUGCCAGGGAUCGCCUAUGCAAUAAGGGAUUGGAGAACACUUCUCAUCACCCUAUCCAGUAUAACUGUGGUGUAUAUCCCCUUAUGGUGGAUGAUCCCAGAGUCUCCCAGAUGGUUGUACGCCCAAGGGAGAGUGGAGGAGGCUGAGGUCAUACUGAGAGAAGCUGCCAGGAAGAACCGGGUCACGGCACCAGAGGUCAUCUUUAAAGACGCUGAGUUGGAAGUAUCGUCGCCACCUACAAAUAAAUACAGCAUGAUUGAUGUUGUGAGAACCAGCAACAUUAGAUUUGUCACACUAGUCUGUUUGUUUCUAUGGAUGGCAGUGAACAUUGGAUAUUAUGGUCUCUCGCUAAAUACCUCCAAUCUGAGUGGAAAUCCUCAUCUUAAUUGUUUCUUGUCAGCUCUUACUGAGGUCCCAGCAUAUGUAGUAUCUACAUUGCUCCUCAGAAACUGUCCCAGAAGACCUCUGCUUUCGGCCUUCCUCUUAAUAGGAGGAGGAAUGCUAUUUGUAAUCCAAGUCAUCCCAGAAAAUCUGCCUGGUGUAGCUAUAGCCUUGGAGAUGGUUGGGAAGUUUGGCUUCACCAUGUCCUUCACUGUGGUCUACAUCUACACUGCAGAGAUCUACCCCACUGUGGUCCGGAGUGCUGGAGUUGGCAUGUGUUCUUCAGCGGCCCGGAUUGGGACUAUUGCCGCUCCAUAUGUGAUCUACCUCGGAAGUGUUAACAAGUACCUCCCCUACAUUAUUAUGGGGAGCUUGACUGUCGCCUCAUCCGCUAUGAAUAUUUUCCUGCCAGAGACGUUCCGCAAAGAGCUACCAGAGACAGUGGAGCAGAUGCAGAAAUUUAAAGGGUUGUGCAGAAGAGAGCCAAGUAAAGACAAUAUCAUGGAGAAAGAAGGCAAUAAAACAACCAUUAUAAAUGAGGUCAAACUGUAGUAAUAUACCUUUAAACUCUUCUUAAAUUAUUACGACCCAGCCAAACUUAGCAAGUAGGUUAUUCUCAAUGGACGGGAAACGAUUGGUUAGACUUUGUUCUAACUUGCUUGGGGUAUGACUGCUGUACUGAAAGUGAACAUUUUAUUUAACUUUUUUACUAAAAUUAUUGGCAGUUACAGUUGUGCUCAUAAGUUUGCAUACC